AUGGAUGCCGCCGGCCUCUCAAGAGCCAUUCUGGGCCUGAUCGCCGAAAUCACUGCGGCAGUAGACAGAGCGCAAAGUGCCCCAAAGGAGAUUCGUGGCGUCUAUGAUCGUCUCAAGACUCUUCAAGGGUGUCUAGCGCAAUUCGAAACCCUGCUGCGAAGUAGCGAUGCAAGUUCAGCGAUCAAGGCUCAUCUGCAGAGAUGGGACGAGGUCGUGAAGGGACUUAGCAGUGAUGUCAAUGAGUUGCUAGGUACAAUACAAGAGCUGCAUGAUAAGCUAGGUGGUAAGGGGCUGAAGAAACUGCAAGCCAAAAUGGGGUUCGUGGUUGAUCGGGACAAAAUCAGACGACUUGAAGGUCUGCUUUCUACGCAUAUUGAGACGCUGGAGUUGCUGUCUGGUACUUUGAAUGUCGAGCUUCGAUCCUUGACCACCGAACGGUCAUUCAUUACCGAACCUCGUUCUUUCACUACUGCGGAUAAGUCCAAGCGUGGUUUUACCACCGAACGCUCAUUCAUCACUGAGGCUGAGAAUGCCAAACGUAGCUUCACCACCGAGGUCGACGAGCGCUCUUUCGUCACUGAGGCUGAGAAGGCAAAGAGAGGAUCCACCACUGAGGUUGAUGGGCGCUCUUUCAUCAGUGAGCCAAGAGCUUUUGUCACCGAAGAAUAG